ACUGAGUCAAAUGCGCGUAAAAGUUGUCCACUCCUCCUGCGCGUCCAUGAGCCCGUUUGGCUCCAGAUAUAAACACAGUGUGUGUGUCCCCGCUGCGCUCCUCAGUCUCCUCACAACCAGCAGCCGGCUCUCAGAAGUCCAGCAGGAGGGGACGAUCUCUGGCACAUUCCCCAGGAUGGAGUAUUCUCCUGGAUCCAAGCCAUCCGUGGCUGAGCUGGCUGGAAGGUUCAAAGGUCACAUACUACCAAUGCCCACCUCAAAUAACGAGUUAUCAUUUCGAAGAAGACCUCCAUGUUCGCUAAAGUUGCAAAGUCAAAAAGAUGGUGAUGAAGAAUCAGAUCAGAAAACUAUUGUCUCACCAAAUCCCUUUAAAAUCAAGAUGAAGAACUCCUCCAUCAUUGAGAAACUUCAGGCCAAUCUUGCCUUGUCACCCACUGCUCUGCUGCCUUCACCCAAGAGUCCCGAGGCCAAGCUCCAGUCAGCACCGUUGUCCCCGACCACACCCGGGAGCCCGCAAAGCCCCUUGAGCCCCACCCUGCGGCCCUCACAUCUGUCCAGUGAAGACGAGGACCCAGUCAGCUUUGACGGCCCUCCUGAAGGCACCCCGCUGCCGAGCUUCAACAAGACUCGUGCACGGCUAUCAUUCAAAAGACGCCCACCCACGAGACAGCACAGGAGGUCAGCUGGAGAGGACAGAGCCUCUGGGAACGCUCUGUCUCCAUGUGAACUGUACAGCCCAAAAGAAAAUGGGGACACAGUCGCGGUUUUCGAUUAUGGACAGCUGGAAGAAGCUGAAGAGAAGGACAGGGACUGGAAAGAAACAGAAGAUGAGGUAGCGAGUGACCCAGAUGACAGCGGAGAUUCAGAGAAGGAACCGGAACAGGAAGCACAACAAGCCCAGGACUGGGAGGCUUUGGAGGAGGAACAGCAGCCUUCAGAGCCUGGCGCUCCGGGGCAGAUGGAGGGCAACGUUGAAACAAAGGGGAACGAGGAGAUGCCUCAGGACGAGCACCAAGGAGGAAAUGACACGGAGUGAUCUGUGAAUGCUUACUUUUAGAAAAAAAUAUAUGAAUAAGUUAUUCAGUGCUUUGAUUAAGAGAACUCUUUAAAUAACUUGUGAGAAAAAGUUAAUUGGUUUUAAAUUUCUUGGUACCUGAUCUUUUUAAGUCCCUCUCUCGCCCUCUCCUGGCUGAUUUACUGAACCGGUCUAGAAACACUGGAGAGUUCUAAAAAGCAGCUGUUCUCUGCACAUGGACAGAAGUCGAUACCAUAUCCAUUAUCAGGCAGAUGGAAUUUGUGUCAUAUUGUUUCAAGUCUGCAAGACCAGACUCAUGUUUUUAUGACAAAAAGCUUGUUUUUCUUUGCAAAUCAAAGACAUUUUUAAGAGUGCACUUCCAUGUCAGAAGAAUGUGUCAUGUACUAAGGACUUUGGAAAUACUGAACGCUGGAUUGGCAAAAAGCAAAAAUAUUAUUAGAUUCCAUAUAUACAUACACUAUAUAUAUUAGCAGAUACAUACAAUGUUCUGGCAUCAUACCAAAUCCCUUCCACUUUAGGUGAGAAGGAUGUACUUUGCUUAUCUAGUUUUCCUUUGAUGUAUGUCGGUCUAAAUCUGUCUUUUAUUUUGUAUUCCACAAAAUCUCCCAGUACUGUGGAGAGGCUCGGGUCCUCAGCAGUUAUGCACAGAAAUGUUAAGAAAAUAAACCGCUUCCUCCUUCU